CAGCUUGGGGGGACAUCACCACGGAGGGACAGGGCUUCCUCCAGAACCCCCUAGCCUCCCCUCUCUGUCUACAGGCUGCAAGAAGAGAUCCAGCUGAAGGAGGAGGCUGAGAACAACCUCGCUGCAUUCAGAGCUGAUGUGGAUGCAGCCACACUGGCACGCAUCGACCUGGAAAGACGUAUCGAGUCCCUACAGGAGGAGAUCGCCUUCCUCAAGAAGGUGCACGAAGAGGAAAUCCGGGAGCUGCAGGCACAGCUGCAGGAGCAGCACAUUCAGGUGGAGAUGGACAUCUCCAAGCCCGACUUGACGGCUGCGCUGCGGGACAUCCGUGCUCAGUAUGAGAGCAUUGCUGCCAAGAACAUUGCUGAGGCCGAGGAGUGGUACAAGUCCAAGGUGAACGACCUGACACAGGCAGCCAACAAGAACAAUGAUGCACUGCGGCAAGCAAAACAGGAGAUGCUGGAGUACCGGCACCAGAUCCAGUCCUACACCUGCGAGAUUGAUGCCCUCAAGGGCACGAACGACUCGCUGAUGCGCCAGAUGAGGGAGAUGGAGGAGCGCUUUGCGGGGGAGGCCGGUGGGUACCAGGACACUAUUGCCCGCCUGGAGGAGGAGAUUCGGCACCUGAAGGAUGAGAUGGCCCGGCAUCUGCGUGAGUACCAGGACCUGCUCAAUGUCAAGAUGGCCUUGGAUGUAGAGAUCGCCACAUACCGCAAGCUGCUGGAGGGCGAGGAGAACCGGAUCAGCAUUCCCAUGCACCAGACCUUCGCCUCUGCACUGAAUUUCCGAGAGACCAGCCCAGAGCAGCGGGGCUCUGAAGUGCACACCAAAAAGACCGUGAUGAUCAAAACCAUCGAAACCCGUGAUGGGGAGGUGGUGAGUGAGGCGACCCAGCAGCAGCAUGAAGUGCUGUAGAGGAGGUUGCUCCAGCAGCCCACUGGCACCUUCUGUCCCUGCCUCCGUCCUGCCGCCAUGCCUCCCUCCUGCCCCCCUGCCUCGCCCCUCAGUGAUCCCCUGGCACUGCCUGAGGGGUUUCCCCUUGCAGCUGCCUCUGGGCCCCCCACACCCCCUGGGCUCUCUCCUUUGGCUUCGAAAGGCUUGGUCUGCUUUCGCAGCUUCACAGCAGCCACACCAGUGUCAGGAUCAGGCCAGGGCCGGGGGGGGGUGGGGCGGCAGGAGGGAGGGGAGAGGCAGGAGGGGCUGGGGGGAGCAGGUGGUGGCCUGGACUAGCUCCAUGGAGAGCCGGACGGUCCCAGCAGCGGGUUCUGGAUCCCCCCACAGGCCCCUCCCACACCGGGCACAGGCUUGGGGUUCACUCCAUAGGAUUGGGGACCCGUCCCCCUGUGCCAACACUGCCAUCCCCCUGGAGCUGGCGCUUCUCCAGGUGCAUAGUGGCGAUGCCAGGGAUGGGGACAAGCUGGU